AUGUAUAUUCUUCAAAGACAGCCUAUUGAUGUUGAGUCAACACUAGCGUCUUUGACUCUUGCUGAGAAGAUCUCUCUUCUGUCUGGAUCCGACUUCUGGCAUUCUCAAGCCAUACCGUCUCAUGGCAUCUCAUCUGUAAAAUCUACUGACGGGCCCAACGGUGCACGAGGAGGAAGAUUCUUCAACCCCAUUCCAGCAUUAUGUAUCCCUUGUGGAACUGGUCUUGGUGCAACCUGGAAUCCCGAUCUUCUCUACUCAGCCGGUCAACUGCUGUCUCGAGAAUGUGAUGCGAAAGGGGCACAUGUUUGGCUUGGCCCUACAGUCAAUCUGGUUCGAGGGCCCCUCAAUGGUCGUGGUUUUGAGAGCUUCUCUGAAGAUCCGCAUCUAAGUGGUGUGUUAGCGACGGCAAUUAUUCGUGGAGUCCAAAGCAGAGGUACUGCAGCAGCUUUGAAGCAUUUUGUUGCCAAUGAUCAAGAAACAGCCAAGAUGUCCACGGAUAUUUGCAUGUCAGAGAGGGCGUUGAGAGAAGUCUAUCUGAAACCUUUCCAUAUGGCAGUCAGGGAUUCGAAACCUAAGAUUGUUAUGUCUUCAUAUAAUAAGGUCAAUGGCGUACACGUGUCAGAAAGCACGAAGCUACUGAAGGACAUAUUACGAAGUGAGUGGGGUUUCGAUGGCCUAGUCAUGAGUGACUGGUAUGGUACAUAUGGUUGCACCGAUGCACUCAAUGCGGGCGUGGAUAUUGAGAUGCCAGGUCCCUCAAGACAUCGCGCCGAGAAGGCCUUGAUCGCAGUCGUUUCCGGCAAAGUCAGCCGCAAGACAAUAGACGAUCGAGCCAGAAAGGUUCUCGAACUAGUCAAUAGCACAGUUUUAGCUCGAGUGUCGACAAAAGAGUCAACUCGUGACUUACCAGACGACAGAGCACUAAACAGGCGACUCGCAACGGAGAGCAUCGUGCUUCUGAAGAACUCGGAAAACAUCUUACCUCUUAACCUUGAAGACUGUGAGGACGUGGCCAUCAUUGGGCCAAACGCCAAGCUUCCUGCAGCAUGUGGCGGAGGAAGUGCGAAUCUACGACCAUAUUACACUAGCUCCGUCUUCCAAGGAAUCAGCGACCAACUACCAUCCAAUGCAAAGGUGCAUUUUGAACCUGGAGUAUUUGGCCACGUCCUGCUGCCAUAUUUCACAGGUGACCACGUUACGGAUGAGAAUGGGAGACCAGGUGUCUCCAUCUCUUUCUUCAACGAGCCAGAGUCAGCGUGGCAAACAAGGAAGCCCUUUGACCAGCAAAGCAUUCCAGACACUACAUAUCAACUUAUGGACUAUCACCAUCCGGAUGCGAGUGAGACGUUUUUUAUGUCCAUGACAGCUUACUACAAGCCAGAUAUAGACGGGACUUAUGAGUUUGGCCUCGCUAGCUAUGGAGUCUCAAGGCUAUACAUAGACGAACAUUUGGUCAUCGACAAUGCGACAUCACAGACCCAUGCUGGGAUGUUCUUCGGACAUGGAUCGAGAGAAGAGCGUGGCACAUACGAGAUGGAAGCUGGUCAGACAUAUCGACUGCGUGUUGAAGCUGGCAGCGCAUCGACUUCAAUAACAACAGGCGGCUCCUUCAUUCCCAUACCAGGUGGAGCAUGUCGCCUGGGCGGCUGUCUAAAGCUUGAUCCAGAAGAGGGCAUUAGACGUGCUGUCGCUGUCGCAAAGAAAUGCAAACACACCUUUGUUGUAGUCGGCCUGAAUGCAGACUUCGAGAAGGAGGGCAAGGACAGAGAUUCUAUGAGCUUACCACCGCAUGUCGAUGAUCUUAUCUCUGCAGUGAUAGAAGCUCAGCCGAAUGCUGUAGUGGUAACUCAAGCUGGAAAUCCGAUUGAGAUGCCAUGGCGCCACAAAGCAAAGACUAUCCUGCAUAGCUGGUAUGGAGGGAACGAAGCAGGAAAUGCAGUAGCCGACAUUGUUUUCGGCAAGGUCAAUCCCAGUGGCAAAUUGCCUAUCACAUUCCCGAGCAGACUCCAGGAUGGACCGACUUUCUUGAGUUUCGGAAGCGAUAACGGAAGGAUAUACUACUCUGAGGAUGUCUUUGUUGGGCAUCGCUGGUUUGAUGCUCGUGGCAUUGAGCCAGCUUUCGAAUUCGGUCACGGUCUAACCUACACAACAUUCUCAGCAUCUAAUAUCCGAGUCGCGGAGGAUGGUGUAAGCGUUGACGUCAGAAACACUGGCAAAAGAGCUGGCGCCGAAGUUGUGAUGCUUUACGUCUCUUACGAAGCGGCAAAAUCCGGCCAGAAGUCGAGAUUUCACCGCCCGGUGCGAACACUUGUUGGGUUCCAGAAGGUGUUCUUGGAGCCAGGUCACCAAGAGACGGCAUUUACGGCUCUAGACAAGUACAGCACUGCAGUCUGGGACGAGACAUCGGAUAGCUGGCUUUGCGAAGCAGGAACAUACACCGCUUCUGUCAGGAGCUCGAGUGGCAGUUUGGAAGUUAGCUUUAGGGUGGAGAAGGAUAUGUACUGGAACGGUGCAUAG